CACUCAAAUAUCGAGACGAGUGCGGCUCCGAGCUUGAGCGCAUAACCAUAACAACGAACGCUUGUUGUAGGCCCAAGCCAAGUUGGCCAAAACAAAACAACUAAAAUAACAGGUGCAAAACAUUACGAGGGUGGCUGACGAAACUCGGGAACCCAGCGCAAAAGAGCAGAAUAAAACUACAAAAAAGAAAUACAACAAAUAGAACCAAAGCUUCAUACAACAUAAUUGCGAGACGACGCGGCUUGUGAACAAUUGUCUGUGCUGUGCCACAUUAGGUUGCAGUUGCAGUGCUGCACCCGUUGAUAACUUGUUUUAAUUGCAAUAAUAAAAGCCUGCUAAUUGUCCAUAAAUGUUGAACGAGUCAUAAAAAUAAAGCGAGAAUUUCGUAUUUAAUUUAAAUAUUUAAAACGCAAAACUGCAGGCGCCAUGGGAGGCUUGACGAACACUCAACGGGCUUUAUUCUACCUGUUCAUCACAUUAAGUUGCAUAGCUCAUUGUCAUGGGGCAGGUCUUGCCACGCCCACCAGAAAAUCAGCACCGCUGCGCAUAACGAAACCGCAACCAAUCAGUAGCACCACUACUGCACCACCGACGACCCACGAGAGCAGCACCACUGGAGAGCUGCUGUCGCCUCUAAUAUACUCCACAACAGAAGACCCAGCCAGCAGCGCCAGCAGUGCCAUCACAGACGAUGGCAGCAGCACCACUGCAGCGGGCAGCUUGGUACCUGAGAUUUGCAUCACUGGACUGCAACUGACGUUAACCAAUGCGGACGGAGAGCAGGUGGUGCGCAAGCAGCCAGAGCUAGUGCAAAUCAUCGAGGGCGACGUUAUGGUCAGUGUGCUAACCAGUGACCCCGUCUCGGCGCUCUUUGUUAUCAAUCGCGUGAAUCAGGCGAAUCUCAUCUCAGCUGACUUUGAAGUUGGCAUCCGCGCUAUAACUGUGGACAAUGCCAGCCUGGCUGAGAACCUGCUUAUACAGGAGGUGCAAUACCUGCAGCAGUGCACUCAGUAUUCCAUGGGCAUAUUCCUAGACUUCGAUCUGUACAGACGCCUCGAACCGAUUAUCAGGGACUUGGAGUACAACGUAUGGCCCAUACCCAGCACACGGACCCAUCUCUUUCCCAAAGUGGCACAUCUGCUGCAUCAAAUGCCCUGGGGCGAGAAGACUGCCUCUGUGGAGAUCGUGACUGAAACUUUAGAUAUAUACAACGAGUUCAUGGACGCCGCCAGGCAGGAGCACAUGUGUCUGAUGCACUUCAAGAGCGACGACAAUGUUUACAUACUAUUCGGCAACAAGAUGGCCAAUCACUUCAAGGAGAAUGGCACCGUAUUUGCCGUGCCCAUAGAGCGUGCAGAUCAGUCAUUCCUAGAGGAGCUGCCCAACAAGGCGUUCGUGCUAAUGGAGAAUGAUAUAGAACUGCGGGCGAUUGACCUGGAUCCCAUGCCCACAGCGCUCGACGAGGUGCUCGUUGGCAAAAGUGUGUUGCCCUCGCGCGUCCUGGUCUUUGCUAGCCCCAUUGUUGACCUGAUGAACUGGCUGCGCGGCUCGCUAGCCAAGCACUGCAAGCGCGAUGAGGAUCUGUAUGUGCUCGAGAGCUGUUUCAACUUUCUCAAUUUCAUCGAGGACUGGCGCACUUCAGAGUAUCGUCGGGCACAUGACACCCUGGAGCUGCUGGCGCUGCUGCGCAUGCGCAAGCUCUCCACCUCCAUGAUCUUUCAAAUGUACCAGAAGAAACAGGAAACACUAGACGUGAUAACGGGCGAGUCGCGCAUGGAGCUGCGCGAGAUAGCCUCACAGAACUUUGUGACAAAUGUGACCACCUACUACCACUACAAUCGAGACAAUCACACCAGCCUGGAGCUGAAGACGAAAUUCGGUUUGGUCUUCAACUGCCAGUACACAGUGGGCGACAAUCGGCGCCAUCCGUUCGUCUUCGAUGGCGAGAGCGUCAUGUUCUGGCGCAUCAAACUGGACACUUGGGUGGCAACGGGCCUGACGGCAGCCAUACUCGGCCUGAUCGCCACGCUGGCCAUUCUGGUGUUCAUUGUGGUGCGCAUCUCACUGAGCGAUGUGUUCGAGGGCAAUCCAGUGACGUCGAUCCUACUGCUGCUAUCGCUCAUCCUGGUCUUCUGCUCCUUUGUGCCCUUCUCUAUGGAGUAUGUGGGCGAACAGCGCAACUCGCAUGUCACCUACGAGGAUGUGAACACUCUGAAUACGCUCUGCGCAGUGCGCGUGUUCCUCAUGACGCUCGUCUACUGCUUAGUCUUCUCGCUGCUGCUGUGCCGAGCUGUGAUGCUGGCCUCAAUUGGGUCCGAGGGCGGGUUCUUGUCCCACGUCAACGGCUACAUCCAGGCGGUCAUUUGCAUAUUUAGCGUUUUCGUUCAGGUGGGCAUGUCCGUGCAGCUGCUGGUAGUUAUGCAUAUGGCCUCGGAGAGCGUCUCCUGCGAGAAUAUUUACUACGGUCGCUGGCUCUGGGGCCUGAUGGCCUACGAUUUUCUACUGCUCUGUUGUCUGGUCAGCCUGGUGCCAUUCAUCUAUCGAUCUCAGCGCAACUACCGUGAAGGAAUCUUGAUAGUGAUUGGCGGCGUGCUCAUACUGAUCAUCUGGACCGUGUGGAUUGCCCUAUCGCUCUUUGGCGAUGAGUGGCGGGAUGCGGCCAUACCGUUGGGCCUGCAGGCCAGCGGCUGGGCUGUUCUGGUGGGCAUAUUGAUACCACGCACGUUCCUCAUUGUGCGCGGCAUUGAACGCUCGGAUAUUGCUCAGGCGCUGCCCUCGCUUACCUCCUUGGCCUUUGCCCAAAACAAUCAGUAUUCCUCCGAGCAGAGUGUUUAUGAGUGCGUGAAUCCUGCUAUGCGCCACUGUUCGCAGGAGGAGAUGAACCAUCAGUCGCCCAGCGAGAUACCCACAUUGCCCUUGCGCGGCGGCGGUCCGCGGCGACAGCAAUUCUUUGCCAAUCUUCGCCAGGCCAAUGCCAACAUCAAUCCACAACGUCCACCGCCACGUCCACAGCAGAGUCCCUCGCGCUCGUCCGUUUGCUCGUUGCCGCCCUCACCGGAGCAUAGCAAGAUAACACGUUUCUGAGCGGAUCUCCGAAGGGAUCUGAAGACCUGGACAGCACACCGCAACUUCCUUUCGAACUCUAGUCAAAGCGCCAAGAAUGUGCAUUAAUUAAUCUAUGUGUUAAUCUAACAUUUUACUGAUCGACGAACCAAUAACCCGCGCCCAUUUAAGUUUUGAAUAUAAA